AUGGCAGAUGAUAUUGAAGCAAAACUAUAUCAUGAAAACCUUCCAAACAUUGGACGUAUUGCAAAAAAUCGCAGCAAACAAUGUUGCUCAACAGCGACGGUGAAAAAGUUCCUACCAAUUUUAGAUUGGUUGCCAAAAUAUACAUUUAAUUUUUUGAUAGCGGAUUUUGUGGCGGGUUUGACCGUGGGUCUUACAACCAUACCACAGGCGAUAGCUUAUGCCUCGGUGGCGGGAUUACCAACACAAUAUGGUUUAUAUUCGGCAUUUAUGGGAUGUUUUGUUUAUAUUGUCUUUGGUACCUGUAAGGAUAUUACAGUGGGCCCCACAGCCAUUAUGGCCUUGAUGGUGCAAACCCAUGUCACCGGCAGUGCUGAUUAUGCUGUCCUGCUUUGCUUCAUUUCUGGUUGUAUUAUUUUACUAUUGGGUAUUUUAAAUCUUGGUGUUUUGGUGAGAUUUAUUUCGGUACCGGUUACGACGGGUUUUACAACAGCAGCUGCCAUUACGAUAGCCAGUGGUCAAAUUAAUAAUUUAUUUGGCAUUAAAAGUCCCUCAAAUGAAUUUUUGGAAUCAUGGGAAAAUUUCUUUACCCACAUUGGUGAGGCAAAACUAAAUGAUUCUCUAUUGGGUGUGAUUACUUUGGUGGUGCUGUUGCUGAUGAGGAAAGUCAAAGAUCUGCCAUGUUCCAUGAAAACCCUCUCAAAAUAUAUUUCUCUAUCGCGUAACGCCUUCGCUGUCAUUAUUGGCAUUGUGCUGUGUUUUUGUUUAAAAAAAGAUGGUAAACUGCCAUUUGCGGCCAGUGGUGAGAUAACCCAAGGUAUUCCCGAAUUUAAAUUACCCCCCUUCAGUGUGACAACGAAUGGUACAACAGUGGGAUUUGGUGAAAUGAUUGGCGAGUUGGGUGCAUCAUUGGCAUCGAUACCACUGAUAUCGAUAUUGGAAAGUAUCGCCAUUGCCAAGGCGUUUUCCAAAGGAAAAAUUGUUGAUGCCUCCCAGGAAAUGAUUGCCUUGGGCCUGUCUAAUAUUUUGAGUAGCUUCUUUUCAUCUAUGCCCAUUACGGGUUCCUUCACCCGUACUUCCAUCAAUCAUUCAAGUGGUGUAAAGACCACAAUGGGUGGUGCCUUCACCGGUGCCUUGGUCCUAUUGGCUUUGGCCUUUUUGACAACAACAUUUUCAUAUAUUCCCAAGGCCACACUAUCUGCCAUUAUUAUAUCGGCCAUGAUAUUUAUGGUGGAAUAUGAACGCAUUAUUGAGAUUUGGAAAUCUAAAAAAAUCGAUGUAAUCCCACUGGCGGUUACCUCCGCUGUAUGUCUCUUCUGGAGUUUGGAAUAUGGUAUGGUUUGUGGUAUUGCUGUCAAUGCCGUGUUUAUUUUGUACAAAAGUGCAAGGCCACAAAUUCAAAUUGAUUUGGAGAAGAUCAAUGGUUUGGCAGUGGGCAUUGUACAGGUUAAGGAAAAUCUAUGCUAUUCAUCGGCCGAAUAUUUGAAAUCGAAAUUGAUUAAAUUUGUUGCCACACAAGGAGAUGGUGUUGUUAAAAUGGUUAUUGUCAAGGGUGAUGAAAUUACUAAUAUUGAUUCCACAGUGGCCAUGAACAUUAUCUCUCUCAAAGAAGAUCUGGGAAUGUUGGGCUGCCAGUUAAUUUGCUGGAAUUGGAAUUAUGAGGCUGCCGGUGUGGUUUGCCGUCUACACCCGAAAGAACGUACAAUGUUUAAAUUUAGUAAAUCACUAGAGGAUGUUGUGGCGGACGUUAAGCAACAAGAAGAACAACAAACAACGAUGUUACAAUUGGAAAAUAAUGAAAGGACCUCUCGGAGCCCUUCAAUAUCGAACGAGGAUUCUGACAAGAACAUAGCGGAUGGCUCUUGA